AUGACUGAAACUAUGUCUCUGAGCGGGAACUGUCGGACUCAGCCCGCGACCAAAGAACCCUCGUGCGCCCUGAACUGCUUUCCAGAUGUUCUCGAGCUCAACGUGGGGGGUCAGGUGUACUACACGCGCCACGCCACGCUCGUGAGCCAGCCCGGUUCCCUGCUGGGCAAAAUCUUCUCGCCAAAAAGCAGCGCGGUGCCCGACCUCGCGCGAGACCCCAAAGGUCGGUAUUUCAUCGACCGCGACGGCUUCCUGUUCCGCUACGUGCUGGACUUCCUGCGGGACAGACAGGUGGUGCUGCCUGAGCAUUUCCCCGAGAAAGCGCGCCUGAGGAAGGAGGCGGAGUAUUUCCAGCUGCCGGACCUGGUGAAGCUGCUGACGCCCGAGGAGGUGAAGCCCAGUCCGGACGAGUGCGCGCACAGCGACUACGAGGAUGGCUCGCUGGGAAGCGACCAGCGCGCGUGCCCGCCGCCGUCCCUCGUGCCCGCCGACCGUAAGAGCGGCUUCCUCACGGUGGGCUACCGCGGCUCGUGCACGGCGGGCCGCGAGGGACAAGCAGACGCCAAGUUCAGGCGCGUGCCCCGGAUCAUGGUGUGCGGCCGCGUCGCUCUGGCCAAGGAGGUGUUCGGGGAGACGCUGAACGAGAGCCGCGACCCGGACCGGACUCCCGACAGGUACACAUCGCGCUUCUACCUCAAGUUCAAGCAGCUGGAGCGCGCCUUCGACCUGCUGUCCGAGUGCGGCUUCCACAUGGUGGCGUGUAACUCCUCCCUCACCGCCUCCGUCAUCAGCCAGCACACCGACGACAAGAUGUGGUCCAGCUACACCGAAUACGUCUUUUACCGCGGAUCAUCACGCUGGUCCUCGCCGCCUUGUGACUGCUGCUGCAAGGGCCACAAAGGUGAAGGUGAGGGCGAGAGUGGCACGUCCUUCAAUGAGCUCUCCACCUCCAGCUCCGAGAGCCAAUCAGAAGCCAGUUCCCCCCAGGGUACGGUCAUUUAUGGGCCUGUCAGCCGACAAGCACACGUCCAAACCCUCGAUCGGCCGCCCAAGAAAGAAAGGCCAGGAGGUCAGCUACUGCAGCAGCAGCAAUCUGAGCAGCGGCGUAAGAGCGAUCUCCUCCGCACUCUUACUGCAAGCUCACGGGACACGAGUGGCACCAAGAAACGGCCAGCCAAGGAGAAGAUGAGUGUGGAAGAGGAGCUGGAGAAGUGCAUCCAGGACUUCCGCAAGAUCAAGAUCCCGGAGCAUUUCCCGGAGCGCAAAUACAUGUGGCAGGCCGAUCUUCUCCGCAAGUACCGCCUGUGA